GCGCACGUGGGAAAUUCAUGAACUCAUGGUCCAAAGCGAGGAUUGUCGUAUGUUUGUUUUCCCUCCCCCGUUCCAUCAAUUCUCUCAUACGGUAUCAGUCAUUUGUCGAUAGUGUGAUAAUUCUAUAUAUUUGUUUUUCGAGAUAAAUUGGCUCAGCGAUUGGCCUUGGAAUUCGUCUAGAACUCGUAAGUUAGGUUUGGAACGAUGUCGAAGUUCGUGAAAUUUUCGAAAUUAAGAUCGACCACAGACAGCACCUUUUGGGCGAAGUUCGUCGAGUUGAAGAUUGACAGGUUCAAACUUGACGAGAAAAGCAUCAGUAUAUGGGGAAGUUACGGCCUUCAGUCAUUGAACGAAGACAACAGCAAUCCACUGACAUUGGACUUCACAUCAUUCAAUGAAGACCUGGAAACAGUAGACAAUAGUUUGUCAGUUCUUUGCUGUGGACGUAUGAUUAAUACAAACACCUUCGAAGCGUUUCGUCAAAUUAAUCCUGAGAAGUUUAUUGACUCCAUGGGAAAAGAUGUUAUAAACAGCAUUCAAGAUGGAACAGCAUUGCAAAGUCCAUGGAAAUUGUCGUUAUUCUUAGUGUUAGCUUAUUCAGAUUUAAAGAAGUACAAAUUUUAUUACUGGGUUGCGCAUCCUACUCCAUUGAAGUUGCCUGAAAUGUACUAUGAAGAGUCUCCAAAGUCGAUCAAUGAGGAAUUCAAAGCCAAGCAUGUGAAAGAUUUAUGUCAAGGUUUUUUACAAUUAGAUAGCAGGACAAAAAAUUACUUUACAGUUUUAUUAUCAGGAGAUAAAAUGAUUAUUGUUGACCUAGCAGCAGGAGUAAAAGCAAUCAAUACAAGCAGUGAAAAACAAUCACAGGAAUGUAAUGAAAUAUAUUUUGCAUUUUAUGAUCCAUGUGCAACUUCUAAUCCAGGCUGGCCUUUACGCAAUCUUUUAUGUCUUUUAUGCUGGCACUGUCCUACAUAUUAUUUUUCAAAAGUUAUUAAAUUCAUAUCUAUACGAGGGAAUAAAACACAGAAAAGUUUAGUUUUCGCACUCAAGAGCAAACAGUAUGAAAAUUACAAAAAUGAGAGGGAUUCUGUGUUUUUGAGUAAUUUGGUGGGUUGGGAGAGCAAUUUAAAUGAUAAACUGGGUCCUACCAUAGUCAAUCUGUCAGAUACGAUGGAUCCAACCAAAUUGUCAGACAGAGCUGUUACCCUAAACUUGAAGUUAAUGAAGUGGCGUCUUGUUCCUGACUUAGAUUUAGAAAAGAUCUAUAACCUUAAGUGUCUUUUAUUGGGCGCUGGAACCUUAGGUUGUGCAGUAGCGAGAAUUCUUCUAGGCUGGGGAGUGAAUAACAUAACUUUUGUUGACAACUCUAACGUGUCUCACAGCAAUACAGUGCGACAAAGUUUGUACAGUCAUCAGGAUGCUGUAAAGCAUAAGCACAAAGCUUAUGCAGCUAAGGAUGCUGUGUUAAACAUCCGACCGAGCAUAAAUGCAGAAGGUGUAAUUUUACACAUUCCAAUGCCUGGGCAUGUUGUUGGUGAGAGCAUGUUGGAGUCUACGAAGAAGUCCCUAGAAAAACUGGAGGAACUUGUCGAAAAUAGUGACGUUGUUUUUCUUCUAUUGGAUUCUCGAGAGGCCAGGUGGCUACCUACAGUCCUCUGUGCUGCUAAAAACAAGAUAGCCAUCAAUGCUGCUUUAGGUUUUGAUUCUUACACGGUACAGAGGCACGGCACUCGAAAUUUCACUAAUCCGAUUUCGCCAGACUUGGAAACUAGGAAUCCCCGCGGUAUGGACCUCGGUUGCUAUUUUUGCAAUGAUGUAACGCAGCCUGGAAAUUCGCAAACCGAUAGAACAUUGGACCAACAGUGCACAGUUAGCAGACCUGGUUUGUCGCAGAUCGCUGCGGGAUUAGCAGUCGAGCUAUUGAUAACUCUGCUGCAGCAUCCUCUAGGAAUUGAGGCAGAAGCGUUGGUGCGCAGAGAUAAUAUUAGCCCAAGCGAUACGGACUUGGUAGGCUUGUUGGGAUGUGUACCACACACGAUACGGGGAUCCCUGUGGAAUUACGAUACUCACUUGACAAUUACUCAUAGAUUUACAUCGUGCACGGCCUGUUCUGUGCCUAUUAUCGCAGAAUAUAAAAAUCGGGGUUUAUCGUUUGUUCUGGACGCCUGUAACGUACCGAAUUACUUGGAAAAAUUAUCAGGACUGGAGCAAAUACUUAAAAGGCCCGAUUUAGACGAGCUUUGUUACGCGUUGGAUAAUACAAGCGACGACGACGAGGAUGAUAAAAAAAUAUGAUAUCUUAAUUGUACAUAAUUUUUCUUUUAAUCAAAUUUUGGCACGUGCAAUAGGCUAUUUAUGAUAUUCAUCUCCGUCUUUCACAAUCGUAUUAUUUUAAUUUUUUUCUUUUAUUAUAGUGUUGACACUUGGCAUAUGUAAAUAUAUGUCAAAAAAUCUUGUUGUAAAAUACGUUUUAUUACAAAUAUGACUUUUUAUAUAUAGAUUUUAUGCCAAUCUAAAAAAAAAAAAAGCAUGCAAGAGGUUGCACCCCUCUGAAUUUUUAAGCAUUAAAAUAUGAUGAAUAAAAUAUUUAAAUUUCCUGAAAGCUAAAAAAAUAGAGACAGGUAUUCUAUUCAAUAUCCCCUAAGUACGUUGAAGAAACCAUCUGGGUGGUGCAGUCACUCCUUAAUAAUCCUUCGUUUACAGGCCAAUCUAACCCAAGCUCAACUCCAAAAAGAAAUCUAAGAAGAUUUUUCCUCUCAAAAAUUUCGUGUACCAAGAGAGAAACUUGCAUGAAAUCUGAAGCAUAAUUAUUGGAAAAGAAAAGUGGCGGUUCAAACCGUAAUUUAUACGAUCGGUGUGGCGCGCGUUCGCGCUUUUGGCGAUCUUCCCGCUAGAGAGCGCCUCGACGGACGAAUACCAGACAUUCCAGUGUAAUGUUUAAGUAGUGGGGAAUCGAGGCUGGCUCUCGUGUGUCAAAGAGCCUGUGUUCCCUGUGUGUUCGAUCGCAUACCAUUAGAUUUUCAAUCGUUUUCAAUGAAAAUACAUACCGUGCGUUGGCUCGACGCGCCAGCGGAUGUCGUGCCGGAUGUUUGAUCCUCUGUUCGCUGGCUUGUCAACGCAGAAACAUCG